CUUCGCUAGACGUCAACGGAAGAUGCGCAUAGCGGUGGUGGGCUGCAGCCAUGGCGAGCUCGAUGCCAUGUACGCCACAAUCGAGCACAUCAACUCGCUAGAUGCAGCGAACCCCGUGCAGCUCCUGCUAUGCUGUGGUGACUUUCAAAGCUUCCGUGACCAAGCUGACGUCGAGUGCAUGGCUUGCCCACCCAAGUACCGCGCGCUCGGUGCCUUCCACCACUACUACACAGGUACCAAGGUCGCGCCCGUGCUCACAAUUUUCAUUGGCGGCAACCAUGAAGCAUCCAACUACCUCCAGGAUCUCUACUAUGGCGGUUAUGUUGCUCCCAACAUCUUUUACCUGGGGUGCGCGGGUGUAGUGAAUGUGAAUGGACUGCGCAUCGCAGGGAUCUCGGGCAUCUACAAGCCACAUGACUACACCCAUGGCCACUUUGAGCGAUAUCCGUACGACGACAGUACCAUGCGCAGUAUCUACCACGUGCGGGAGUUCCAAGUGUAUCAACUUGCCCACCUCAAAGCAGCCUCGUCUUCAACGCCCAUCGAUAUCUUCCUCUCGCACGACUGGCCGCGAGGCAUCGAACGAUAUGGUCGCACAGAUCUUUUGCUACGUCGCAAACCCUUCCUGCGCGAUGAGAUCUCUCGCGGAGCGUUCGGAUCCCCCCCAAACGAGUACCUCCUCCACACAAUUCAGCCGAGAUACUGGUUCUCCGGUCACAUGCACGUCAAGUUCGCGGCGAUCGUGCCCCAUCUCCCAAGCACUAACACGACCAAGUUCCUGGCGCUUGACAAAUGUCUUCCGAAUCGCGACUUCCUCCAAGUGGUCGACAUCCCCGCCCCCACUGAAGCUCCCACCGUGACGCUCCAAGUAGAUCUGCCUUGGCUCGCAGUGCUUCGCGCUACGCACCAUCUUGCAUCGGCAGAUCGCUUGAGAUCGCGCGUGCCCGAAGAAGACAUGGAGGUCACGCAGGAUGACAUUUCGUGGAUCGAAGCCCGCCUGCCUGGAGAAUUUCCCGGAUGGGUGCAUCCAUUUGUGCAGACGAUUCACACGAACGGAGGCAAUCCCCAAACGGACGCGCUGCUCAACUUUCUCAAGCUUCCUCAUGUCGUCACGACGCCGUACGUCGUCCAGCACGUGGCCACGGACAUCCCAGUGGACCCGAACGAAAUCGACCUCGAUGAAGUCGACGCUGAUGAGGCGCGAGGGGACCGUGCAGCCCCGUCGACGGCUCCCAUUGAUUCCAACGCGAUCGACAUCGAUGACAUGUAAAGAUACAUUGCGCCAGCGGUCGCCGGGCACUCGUCGCACCGGCACUGAUGUGUCUGCUUGCCGCACGAUAGAGUCAUGGAAGGAGCACAAGGAUCGAAUUCGUGCGUAUGAAAACUAGUGCGCUAGGAUAUGGGUGGCAUGGUUGAUCCGCGUGGUGACGGUGCAUAAGGCUUGGUCGAUG